UGAAACCGCAUGGAUAACUGCGCUGUUACGGUCGGCUUAAGAAACAUCAUGCAUGCAUUCACAAGCCUUUUCUUCGUCUUUUUUUUUAAGCAAAACAAAUUUGUCCCAUCGAAAAAAGCUGCUCUAAGCUGGGAUUUAUCGUAAACCGAAAAUAGUCUAAAAAAAAGCAACGCUUAGCAUUUCAACUUGACGUAUUUCGCAUUUAAUUAAAACGUAGUUCAACAAUCUCUUGACGAUCACUAAUCUUGAAGAAUCUCGUGUAGAUUAGUCUAAGCAUAAAAAGCAGCUUCGUCUCCUGAGCACAGCAGUGAACUUAUCAAAACUCGUCCACCCCGAUAAUGAACUUCGUAGGACGCGAUCGUGAUUAGAUUUCGACUGGCUUCGGUGAAUCGCAAGUGUAUGAAAGUUCAUAUACCCAACUGAAUACUAUCUAAUAGGACCACAUGUUUCAUGAGAAAGAAUACCCUAAAGUGCGCUCAUCAUAGAAACACCGAGUGUCCUAGAGGAUCUUCGGAGUGUUAAGUGAUCUAUCCAGCAAUUUAGGCAAUCGUAUGCUAUCUGUGUGCUCAUCGGACUAACAAGUGACACACUCCUCAAAAGCCAAUGCAAUAUUGGAUUGUCGCCAACAAACUUAAUCGGGAGUCGCAGUUUUAAUCAACUCAGAAACACUGUUGUUCACAGGCGAACACUUCAUCAUUUGGCCCAUGAUGGGACGAUUUAUUCUGUGGGUUUUAUGCUUGAUAGCUGCGCUUUUAUUACUUGGGGCAGGAACAAGUGCCUCGAGAGUACAUAUCGAUCCCAGGGACAAGGCCUACCGAGGCAUUGUGGUAACUAUUUCACCGAAGAUCAAACAACAUCACGGGAAAACCAUCAUACCGAACCUCGAGGCGAUACUUAGGAAUGCCUCAUCCGAACUUUUCCGUGUUCGAGGAGUGUUUCUCGGUGAGGUGACGGUCAUGAUUCCUCGGUCUUGGUCCUCCAAGGGCGCUUGGGCUCGUCAGCCGCUUCCCCGAGUGGAAGCACCCAGUUGGCAACAAUGGGAUCAAGCCGACAUUCUUAUUGAACGCGGUGAGGACUCCGUUUUCGGAGAGAACCCCUUCGCCAUUCAGUACGGAGGUUGUGGCGUGCAGGGCAGGCACCUCGUUAUUCCUGACACCUUCCUGCGUGGAUACGCGGCCAGCAGUGACUAUGCUCCCGAUCGUCACGACAAGUACGGCAAACCUUAUCACGUGUUCCUGCGGGAGUGGGCAGCAUAUCGCUACGGAGUGUUCAAGGAACAUGGAUUCCCACGGGAUCCUGUUUACCCCCUGUAUGUGCUCCGUCCCGGAAGCCAGGAUCCCAAAGAUGUCGAAGUCAACGUGUGCACCGACCGGCCAGUAAAGCCACAGUUCAGGAACGGCAAGGGAAUGUCAUGCAAUGCUACGAUCAAUUUGACGAAUGGCCUGCCUUUAGAUCCAGACUGUAUUCCGGUAUUUUCUGCUGAACGGGAUAUUGUCGAAGCGUCGAUCAUGAGCGGUCUACCGUCGGCCACUCAUUUUUGUGGAGGCCCACGACCCCAUGAUCAUGCACUGCCGACAAAACAAAAUGUUAUGUGUGAGGGACGAUCCACUAACGAUAUCGUUGAGCAACAUCUUGACUUCUUCGGCAGGACAUACAACGGACUCCUGGGUCGUACGCGGUUCGUGUUUGUCCAGGAACAGGCUCAAGUAGUCGCUUUUGUUGUUCAAAUAACCGAGUUGACAAUGCAACACAACCGUCGCAAUUACAUCCUUCGAGCACUGAAUCAGUUUUUACGCAGUGAGGCUCCAGGCGAUAUGCAGAUCGCUCUAGUGACGUACGGCGCUGUCGCAAGUGAAAUCGCCUUACGGAGAGCUGCCGCAAGCGAUGAAGGUGUUCGCAACGCGGUUGACGCGUUGCUCCUGCUUAAUGCAGAGGUGGAAAAUGGAAAUCAUGUGAAUUCAACUCUUGAAGACGGAUUGCGCAUAGCUCUCAUGGCCCUCAACGAUACAUCGGAAAUCACUGAACGUGUUGCUCACAACACUUUCACCAAACGUGUUCUGGUCAUUGGAGAUGGCCAUUGCAGCGAAAAUUUCAGCAGCCUUCUACGACACAGCUACAAUGCCCAGGGAGUGCGAGUAGAUGCGAUUAUUUUCCCAUCACGGAGCUUCGCCUCAACGUCUAGGGAUCCAGACGCUAACCGCCAAACCCCUACCACUGCUACUGCCCUUGCAGUUGCCCCUGCUUCUCAGACUGACGUUAUGACGACUGCAGUAACAAAGCCCAAGUCUACUUUAAGUGUCGCACAGCCUGUGAACAAUAUACUCGACGAAUUUGUGUCUAGAACAAAUGGACGGAUUAAGACUGUAAACAAUACACCUAUAGACGACACGGUUACCGUCAGUGCGUUGCAGGAACUUUACGACGCGCUUUAUGCGUUUACAUAUUUAGAUACCUCGGCAGCGCAUUACGAUAGCUUUAGUUGCGUUGGACAGGCAGAGUUUUACGGAAAAGAGCAGAAUGAGAUGGUAUUUCAGUUCGAUAUUGAUCCCACUCUCAAUGCCGAACUGCGGGUUCGUUUGAUUGGUCACGAUUACGGAUCAGAUAGACCCUGGACCGUGUCUCCGAAGGACAUCGUUUUGUACGCUCCAGCAGGUCACGCGGCCAACGGAAAGAAAGUCUACAGUCCUAAAGAUUAUAAGUUCGUUUCGACCAACGCACAGUUUUGGUACUAUGAGUUUAAGAUCCCCGAACCCGCCGUUGGACGUUGGCGACUCGAGGCCAAAACCCGCCGGGAUACAAGACAGCCCAUCAUAGUGAGUGCCGCCGCGAAGCCUACCACGGACGAAAACAAUGAGCCCAUCAUUGUCGAUGUCUGGAUUUCACAACGAAGCUACAACGUCACCCUUUGGGAUAAAGGCCUUGUCGUCUAUGCGAAAGUUAGCAAAGGAAGCCGACCCGUUGUGGAUGUAACAGUAGUGGCCAGAAUUACCCCAGUGUCGGACGAAACCGAAACAGAAGUACGGGUUGAGCUUAAAGAUAAUGGAGCCGGAGAUCCCGAUAUCACCAAGGAUGAUGGAAUCUAUUCCAGAUACAUUGAAGGUAUCACGAAAGUCGGUCGACAUCGCCUGAUCGUUGAAGCCAAAAGUGAAGGAAGUGCUACUGUCCUAAGAAGCACAGCUGUACCAGAUGACGUCAUUCCUCAUACGGCAUGCUGCGGCAGUAUGGUGAUGCGGACCGCUCAGAAUGCGACUCGAAGGUUCUCUCGUCGCGUUGACUUCGGGUCGUUUUUCGUAACGAGUGUGGCACUUGGUAACCAGCAAGAUGACAAAACUUAUUCGGCUUCAUGGACGAUGCCCGCUCGUGUUGCUGACCUGCACGUCGCUUACCUUCAGUCCAAUCCUGGAGGAUCUGGAAGAAUCUCGCUGCGAUGGACUGCAUCUGGCAACGUACGAGAUCAUGGACGGGCAGCUUCCUAUAUUCUGAAACGAUUCGACAGUCAUGACGAAGCGAUAGCACACUUCGCUGAGAGCGGUCAUGAGAUCGAUUACUGGGAGUUCGACGACGGCCUUUUGUUGCCAAAAGAGGCGGGCACCCUCGAACAAGUCUAUUUCGAGCUGCCUAAUGAUAUCCUGCUGCCGCAGUACUUUGCUCUGAAAGUAAACAACACGUAUGGAGUAACCUCAGCUGUGUCGAAUGUUGCUAUGAUUUCAGCAAUGCCACCUGCAGCGGUUACCAUACCCUCAAUUUGGGGUCUUGGUGGUUCUCAAGAUCAUGGUGGCUCUAGAGGCUAUGGUGAUGCCAAGGGCGGUUUUGCCUUUGCAUCUGACCAGGGACUGUUUGGCCAGCGGGACGGAACUCGUUUCCUCCCAAAUCAAUUCGCGCUAAUAGUUACGGUGCCACUCAUCGUACUUGUCCUUGGAAUCUGCGUCAUUAUGGUUGUUUUUGCUCGCCGACGACGAGAUCCACUUUUGGACAAGGUGAAAAAGGCCACGAAAGACGAUAAAAGUAACGGUGUGAACAUUGACACAUACAACACUGGAACGAUACCGAAGAACUCAGAAGGAAAUAACAUGAGUCCUCUCUUAACGCCUUCAUCCAUAGUGAAAGAAGAUAUUAGUCCAAUGACAUCUGGGUCACGAAGUUUGCCGCUCAGCCCAAGCAUGGACUUCAACAACACAACAGUAGGCAUUGAUCACUCUUUUGCAGUCAGUAAUUCAAAUGGUGUCCCAGCUUUAAUGAAUCCUAUGACAUCUCAACAACAGGCAGGUCUCUCACCAGUCAACCAUUGGCCUGCUGAUAUAUUGCUCGAGCACUACGACAAAGUGCAGGGGGCCAAACAACGCAAUGAACAGCCCUCAGUUCUAACUCUACAAUCAGGACACCUCGACGAGACCGUUCAUUCGACUAGCCACGCCCUCUGUAACUUAAUGGAUCCUCUCCGAGGCCGCGCGUCUUUAGCAACUAAUUCCGCCACAUCUAAUCAGAUGAAUGGCAGUUUGCAGCAUCUUCCCGUAGGCGUGACUAACAGCAUUUAUCCGCCGUACAACUCUCCGGCCAUAGUUACCCCAACAGGAGUUCACGUAAACGCACCAUCUAGAAAUAUAACGCACGUUUAAAGUACGGCUGAAUAGGCCGAUCUUCAGACUUCCUGAACGUACGAAGGAAUCAGGGUGAAUAAAGAGUUUUGAGGGAGAAACGCUUGAUCAGCAAUUAGAAUUUAUGUUUUGGCUAUUAUCCGAUUAAUGAGCAAUAUCGCUAUUUGGCCCACCUGAUUGGCAAUAUACGCAUAUCGGUUAUAUAUGAAUCUAAGCAUCUUUACUUUGUUCCUGAUGUCUAUGUUUGUAUGCAUCUUACGUAACUUAGAUUCUAGCUUGCCUUCAAGAAUUUACCAAAUGCGUUUGAUAAACAGAUAGCAUCCCAGGGGAAGGGCCGACCUCCUCCAUAGUCUAUGUUUCUUCAGUAGUUUCUCGCCAGCGUAAGACACUGCCGAAAUUCGUCGUGCUAUUUCAAAACCUUGUUAAUUUCUAUCAAAUUGAUCCCCCUACGUGCAUAAGCUGACCUUGUAACAGACGUGUUGAUUAUUAGAAUAGCUUGCGAGAGAAACCCCGCUACGCUGUACGGCGUUCCAGUUAAUUGUGAUACAUACUGUAACUACACUACGUGUAUACUAUUCCGGAUCUCAAAAGAUUGGAAUGUUUAUAAUGUAUCCAUUGUACAUAAUAUAUAUAAAGCUCCGAUCUUGACGAGUUUACGUGCUUCUAGUCGUGGAGAGCAAUGCUUAUAUAAUAAAAUAAUACAAAAUAGCAAAUUUAACGACCAGGAAACCGAGUGCAUCUGGCCAGUUAUGCUUAAAGCACUUUGGGUACGUGUGGCGGAUAGGUGUACGACCUCUUGAAAAUCAUUUUCGUUGUCUGGAACAACAGCCGCGUGUUGGAAACAACGAGGGUUAGGGUGAAUAUUUAAACACACAUACAUAGAAAUAUAGUACUAUGUAAAUAAACACGUGCAUUACCUAUUACCACGGAAACGACGCCUAUUAAAAUACUUGCGGUUAGCUAUUUUAACUAACUAAAAAUGAUCUCUACGGGCAAUGGCACGCAUGUUAUAAUAGUACCUUCACUGAGCAAAUGAUUUUUUUUUUACUUGACGAAAUUAAUUGAAUUAUUAAAGUAAUUUAUUCAAUGAAAAAUUUCUAGUAUUCUUAAAAACAUCUUGAAGAGAGGCGUGAUCGGGUGAGCGUUGAAGCAAUUCAUUAAUAACCACUUUCUUGGAAUUAGCCCAACUAUAGUUUCUGAGGUAUAAACCUUUAAAAAAUACCUAAAAAUAUACGAACUUUCAAAAAAUGGCUACGUAUAGGAAUUUACAUAGCAAAUAUAAAGUUGAAAACAGCAACCUGUGUAUGAGAUGGAGAGCUUUCACUGAACACUAUAAAACACUAAUUUUUUUCCGAUAUUAAAACAAUUCAAUAUAUCGAGUUCUAUGCCUCGGUGAGGUAAAACGUUUGUCGGCCAGUAACAUUUGUAGAAUAAAUAAAAGCAACAUCAUAUAUUGGUAUAGUAAAUUCACGUGAACAAAGAGGAUUCUUUACCAUUAUUCGUAUGCACAGAUUAAAGAAUGGCAAGCAAAAUUGUGCGUCGGUGCUAUGGAAGAUUCAGACCACCUCUCUUGAACGGAGGAUCUUCAUGAUAAAACAGUACAAUGAUAAGUACGCAAUUAAUACAAACAGCAACAAUAGAAUGGAUCAUCUAGAAAAUGGGUAGCGCACUAGCACAACUCUAUAUUUUAUAAUCUGUAAUACCCACUGUACAGAGCGAAACUUCCGAAGUGGUCAUUGUUUAGUGGUC